AAUAGUCUGACCUGGAGGAGGAAUAUGAUGCUCAUCGCAUUCAACUCCCUUUUAGGCGAUUUCGGAAUCGUCGCUUCCUCAUUUUCUUAUGGCCGAUUUGCCGAUGGAUGGGUGACACUAAAGACUGAAGAUCCAGGUGUGCCUUCAUGUACAUACAUCACGGAUGCGGAACACAAGCUACUUCAGCUACUUCAAAUUGACACGACUCUUCCAUUAUUGUCAUUUACCUCUGGGAAACAUCGACACCACUGCCUGGAGAGCCUCAACUUUAGUACGUUCAAACAGUUCUUACUCAGGGCCGUUCGAUACUACGAUCCUCUACACAUCCAUACCUGUCAGUCACCGCCCUACAUCUUGCCCUUGCUUCUUCUAUGUCUAUGCCUUGAAACUCACCGGGUCACCUGGAGGACAGCUUGCGAAUCACCCUACCACCACAAUUCAACAAUCAGUAACCGCCAACAGCUUCUUCACAGUCGCUAACAAUUACCCGCCAAUCCCGAAACUCCGUCCGCCGAUGCAUCCUCUGCACUUUUUCCAACACAAACGUCCACCUUCGUUCAAGCCUUAGGGCCUGUUGGGAGGAACUCUGGAGAGAAGAGAGCGGAGAUUCUAUGCACAGGAUUGCACAUACUGCAAAAAGAACAUAAUAAAUCCAUAAUAACAGAGGCUGGUACUCUCCCUGCGCCAACGCCAACAUCGUCAUAACUGGGACACUAUCUCCACCGGUUGCUCCGGUAUAUCAACUCACCCAGCCUCCCACUUCGCAGUCGACCUGCACACCUUUCACUCACAGAAUUCUCCCUGUGAGCCUGGCGCCAGCUUGUGGCACCAUGGCGUCGGUGCGUUCACACUCAGUUUGGACCUGGUUCACGGUCUGGUCAUUUCUGGUGGCCUUUCUCUCGUUCAGUGCACCGGCCAGAGCAAGUAAUACGACCUGGAUCAAAUAUACCGGCAAUGAUGGAACAGUAUGGCUGGAGGACGACCGCAAGCCGGCCUUGUACACCCAGAAUUUCGGAGACUGUCAGGGUGACUCGCUUAUCAACGUCACUCGUUUCGAUGCUGCAUACUACAAAGAUAAUAUGACGGUGCUAUUUCACCUCGAGGGCAAUUCUGCUUUGACCAAUGAGUCUCUGAUGAUGUAUAUUGGUGUCUUUGCAUACGGAGAGUCUCGUUUUAAUUUGACCUUCAAUCCAUGCAGCGCCAACAUUGACAGUCUGUGUCCUCUCAACUCGUCGGUCCCAAUCUCUGCCAAUGGCAUCAUCCCCAUAUCCCAAGCGGACGUCGCCAAUAUCCCGACCAUCGCCCUCUCCAUUCCCGACUUCGAAGGACAGGCCAUUCUCCGGAUUUUCGCCAAUUCGACACAGUCACAGAUAGCUUGUUUUUCGGCUGUCGUCACAAAUGGUGCUACCUUCUCCCACCCUUCAGCUGUCGGUCCGGUCCUGGGCGUCUUUGCAGUAAUUGCUCUGUUCUCGUCGGUUGCAGCCAGCAUUUACGGUCGAAAUGUACCGGAAACCCGCAAGCAUUAUGCACAUUCAAUGUCAAUGUUCGUUGUCUUUUCAGUCUAUCAUCACAUUUUCUUUACUGGAGCUUUAUCGAUGAAUUGGCCAAGUGUCUUGGUGGCGUUCUGGAGCAACUACGCAUGGUCGGCUGGUAUAAUAUACAGCCAGAAGAUGCAGAACUCAAUCAACAAGUUCAUCGGUAGCAACACCGGAAACAUCAGCAUGGUCGGUGCUGCUCCCAACGGUCAAAAUGCGAUCGACCUAGGUGGGGGAUAUCAGAUUUCACAAAUCUACAAACGAGCGGCCUUCCUUCCUUUCCGCCCGUAUGAGGGUUCAGGCGUGACAUUCAGAUCCAACGAGCUAGAGCAUGUCCUUAACCGAAGAGACCUUGCAAAUUCAUCUUCCGGAUAUGCAUGGUAUGGAACGCCUGUUAAACCCGGUCUGCCGCUGCCUGGAAAUUUCUCUGGCUUUGCUGGAACGUUGGCAGAGCUGAACAUUCCCGCGUCGAAUGCGUUCUUGACCGGUCUGCUCUGGUUCCUCAUAUUUGUGGCUUGUCUGCUUGCUGCAGUAUUCCUGCUCAAGUGGAUCGUCGAGGCCAUGAUCGCGCUUCACGUGAUCAAGACAAAGCGGCUGGGAUAUUUUCGAAGGUAUUGGCUUCUCUUCACCGGUACUAUGGUCUUGAGAACUUGCUACAUCGCCUUCUUCAUGAUGAUGUUCUUGACCAUGUUCCAAUUCACCUUUGGUGGUUCGAAUGGUGUCAAGGCUAUUGCCACGGUUAUUUUCCUUGUUGUCCUUGUUGGAAUGCUGGGCUCUUGCGGUCUAGCAAUCUGGUACAGAACCAAACUAGGAGCUUUACCAGAAGACCGUGAGAAGGAUCCCCAGAAGGUGAUCGACUCAGGAAAGAGGAGCCCCACGCCUUCGGCUGAUAAUCCAGAGGCAGAACCCAAAUCGAAAACGUGGCUGCAACGACAUCUUCCCGAUCUAGAUUCUGGUCGGGUUCACGUUCAUGAUGACCCCAACUACAUUGCCAAGUUUGGUUGGUUGUCAGCACGUUUCCGCCGGAGCAAAUGGUGGUUCUUUGCCUUCUGGUUGAUUUACGAGCUGGUCAGGGCUGCAUUCUACGGCGGUGCUGCUGGUCAUGCCCUAACCCAGGUUUUCGGUCUCCUGGCGUGGGAGAUCAUCGCCUUGGUAGCAAUCGUCCUCAUGAGACCAUUCGAGAGCAACCGUUUGAAUUUGUUGAUGGUGUAUCUACUUGGCUUCAGCAAAGUUGCCACGGUGGCUCUCUCGUCGGCAUUCGAUCCUCGAUUUGGACUCGAUCGCAUUAUUACGACAGCCAUCGGAAUCGUUGUUAUCGUCAUUCAAAGCAUCCUCACCAUUUGUCUGAUGAUUGCUAUCGUUCUGGGUGCCAUCUCGAGCUACAUGUCGCUCACUCGCUAUCGUGAGACCAUGAAGCCUCGAUCAUGGCUAAAGCCACGGACAAGAUACUUUGCACACAUUGACCGUAAGGCCACGGACCUACCAAAGCCUCCACGACCUCCGCCAGCUCCAGAACCAGAAUCAGAAACUCCCAAGGAGCCAUACUUUUCUGUUGCAGCUGUACGACGAGAGCCGAAAAUUGAGGAUGAGGAUGCGGAUGGAGAUUCAGACGUCGUUGAUAAUACUGAGUCGAAACGAGCUUCGAUAGAGCCGAACUCUAUUCCAUUCCCUCAGGCUCAAGUAUCCCGCUCUCAAUCCAUGCGUUCUCGGACUAGUACAUCGAACUUGCCAUACGGUGCAAGAGUACACCGCACAAGCUGGAGCAUGAGAGACUUUCAAGACUUGGGCCUUGAUCAAGGAUUCACGCCGGCACAAUCUAGGAUGAGCAUUGACAGUACGCAUGAUGUCUCCAACCGACACCGGUCUUCAAGUCUGAGAGGGCCUUCUAGAAGUGGUACCAUCACUGGACCGUCUGAUAGUGGACCCAGUCUCCAACAUCAACAUAGCCGACACAGACGAGUGACUUCGAUGCCUGGUGGACCCAAGAGAAACAGCUCAAUCGUCAACGAGGAAAAGGAAAACGAGCCAGCAGAAGAAGUUUAGGUGAGUUCUGAGCGACCUUGCGCACGUCUGGCGCGACGACGUUUACGAUUUGCACGAGCAUGAUUUUCCCUCGCAGCUCUCUAGCCAGAGCUAUGAUUAUAUGUCGAUCCCUUUCGAGAGCGAGCAUUGAUGUGGCGCAUAUGAAUAUUCCAGGGUGGGAUCAUGACACGACAAUGGAGUUAUUGCAAGGAUGGAAUUGCAUUGUUUGUGCUUUUAUCAACAUUUGCUCGGUGACUGCUUUCGUAAAAUAGAGACCAAGUAUAUACAUUCCUGGAGCAUCCAUCUUCCAAUCAGCCACAUAGGCAAUUGCACAUAUGAAGAUACCACAUGUUUGCCACUUCUAUUGUCU